CAUUGUGACAAGGGAAAUUGCUCUCCCAUAUUCCGGCCUCCUCUAGAUCCUCUCACCUCCAACAACGUCAUUCUUUUUUUUUUCCCCGACAACAGCAUUGACGCUUGCUACCUAGGUAAUCCGACACGUCUAUUUGACGAUUUACACCGUUACUCACUGCGCCGAGUCUUCGUCGAAAAUCACAAACCUCAACAACAACAACAACCCUAUUAAUCCGUGUUGUGGUGCUUUGCCACCGCUGUCGCCUCGCGAUCUAACUUGACGCGCGGAUCGCUUUCAUAUUCUUACCCUAUAACAGUAUCUUUCGCCGACUAUUACCUACCUACACCUUCCAAUAAUCUACUUUACGUCGAAAAUAGAGUUAGCCCAAGAUGUCUAUCGAGGUUUCUAUGAAUACGCCACUGGCGGAUGCGCUUAACAUGGCAAUCCAGCCGAAGCUGGUGGAAGUGGGCUGGGCAUCAGGUGGCGCCGACGACAGCGCGCUGUCCGAAUAUAUCAUUUUGAUGCUUGUUAAUGGUAAAACUCAGGAUCAGAUUGCUGCCGAAUUAGCUGGCGAUCUUCUUAGCCUUGGCCCUGACGACCCUGGCGCACGAGACUUCGCGAAGUGGCUCUUUGACCAGAUUGAGUCUUUGAACUCUCAACUAAACGGAGCCCCGCCCCAGCAAUUGGGAAACAACGGUGUUGGAGUUCCCCAAAACGCGCCGUCUUCCGCAGAACAGGAUGCGGAUAUGACUAUGUCCCUCGACGGUCCCGAGCUUAACGCUCCCACAGGUCCUAGAUCUAUGAGAAAUCCCAAUAUGCGAGGCAACCGAGAAAAGCGGAUGCUCGGACAGAUGAGCAAGGCUAUGGAUCGUAGUCACGACAAUGUGUUGCACCGCGUCCGAGGAACUGGCAAUGAAAGGAUCAACUCCCAUCGAGCACCUCCUACCGGGCCGAGGGGCGGUUUCGGACGUACCAACAAUCGUGCAGCUAACAACCGUGCGGCUGGGUUUGCUGCUCAUCUAGGUCAAGCUGGUGGAGCCUUACCGAAUAUGCACGACGCCAAUGGAAUGCCUAAUCUGGGCAAUGAUAUGAAUUGGAUGAUGUCUGGCGGCGGUACUCCGGAGCAAUUAUUCCAGCUCCUCCAACAGCAGAACCAAAUGAUGGGGCAGAUGUAUCAGCAGCUUACCCAGCAGAGCCAGCCUAAUGGAAGACCUAACGGAAGGUCGCUUUUCGACCGGGUACAAAACCCGCGAGGUGGUAGGCGAGGAGGCCAUGUCAACGGUCACAAAUUCCACCAGGGAGAUGGGCAUAUUGUCAACGAGACGGGUGCCGACAAGGAAGACGUUGAUAUGACGCAGGCUAGACGUGAACCGCCUAACCCCGAGACGAUGGUUUGCAAAUUCAACUUGUCAUGUACCAACAGGGAUUGCAAGUUCGCUCAUCAGUCUCCGGCGGCACCGCCGAAUACCACGGUUGAUGUUAGCGAUGUCUGUUCAUACGGCGCGGCAUGCAAAAAUCGGAAGUGUGUAGGUCGCCAUCCCUCACCGGCAACCAGGCGCGCGCAUCAGAAUGAGCAAGAAUGCAAGUUCUAUCCUAAUUGCACCAACCCGAGCUGCCCUUUUAAGCACCCGGAUAUGCCCCCUUGCCGGAAUGGAGGCGAUUGCGCUGUGGAGGGAUGCAAGUUCACUCAUCUCCAGACCAUGUGCAAGUACAAGCCAUGUACCAACCGUUUCUGCCCAUACAAGCACGAAGAGGGACAAAGGGGAACAUUUCAGGAUAAGGUCUGGACUGCUGAUGGAACAAGAGAGCAUGUGAGCGAAAGGAAAUUUGUGGAUGCGAAUGGCCUCGAGGAGCUUCUUGUGCCCGGUGGAGAGACUGGGUCGGGCCAAGAAGCAGCAGCAACAACUGAUACUAUCAUGUGAAUUUUGAGGGAAAGGGGAAUGUUUUCGCGAUGGAUAGAAUUUACGAUGAUGCAGCAGAAGUGGGAAAGGGUGGCAAUGAAUCAACAUUCUCAACGAGCGAAUGAGGGAUAGGGGAGGGAGGUCUGAGGUCUGAGGUCUGAGGACUGAGGGGGAAAUUCUCAAUUCUAGAAUUGCUAUUGAUACAGGCGUUAGGUCGGUGAUAGGAAAAGUCAAGGGACUUCAGUACAUCAGUACAUUACAAUAUACCCAGAUGCAUUUUGUGACUUGAAUGAACAAUAAUACAAAGAUUUCCAAUU